AUGCGCCCCACGUCCUUUGGCAUCGCCCUCGCCCUCAUCACCGCCGUUUCGGCUAGCGGUCUCGCUGGUCGACACGAGGGACACGACCAUGGCGACACGAGCAUGUCGAUGUCGUCGAAUGGGACAGCGGCGAGCUCUACUUCGAGCAUCCCCAGCUCAGCCUCAGCCUCCGCCACCUCCUCCAUAUCCGCCGCUGGCGCUGCCGCCGCAUCCUCCGGAGCCGCCUCCCUCCACAUCACCCGCCCAGGCGCGCUCACCGGAGCUUUGGCGAUCGUGGACUAUGACGGUACGAUGAAGGGCUAA